CUUGCAAUCGCCUUCCAGCCCGCCCCUCUUGCGCUACUUAUCGAUAACCCCGCCGCCCGCCGCACGACUGCUCCCUCACCACCCAGCUGCGCAACUCGCCAUACGCCCCAUAUCACGCCCGCCUGGAAUCCACACAAGCAACACAUACGAGAAUAGACAAUCCGCCACCAUGAGCUCGCCAAAGAGACGUAUCGAGACGGAUGUCAUGAACCGCAGGCUCAUGAGCGACUACGAGGUCACUCUGGUCAAUGAUAACACGCCAUUCGAAGGCGGACUCUGGAAGAUCCACGUCGAGCUGCCAGACCAAUAUCCAUACAAGAGCCCCAGCAUCGGCUUCGUUAACAGGAUAUUCCACCCCAACAUCGACGAGCUCUCCGGCUCCGUAUGUCUGGAUGUCAUCAACCAAACGUGGUCGCCCAUGUACGACAUGAUCAACAUCUUCGAGGUCUUCCUCCCUCAGCUCCUUCGAUACCCCAACCCGACCGAUCCUCUGAACGGCGAAGCGGCUGCUCUUCUUAUGCGAGAACCCAAGAGCUACGAUGCCAAGGUCAAGGAAUACGUCCAAAAGUAUGCCAGCAAAGACACGGCUGAAGACUCGGAUAAAGACGAUGGCGAAGAUGACGAGAUGAGCUCUGUUGGCAGCUACGAGUCAGGAGACGAGGACGGAGCAGCCGGCAACAUGGAUGAUAUUUAGACAAUGCGUUCGGAAUAGCCCUGUCUAUCACAUAUCAUUAGCCUUUCCUUCGCUUUCUCAUGGCCGGACGUUCAAGGCGCUGUUUGGCGCAAAUAGGCUUACUCCCGACAUUUUUUGGACUUGGUUGGUUAAGGUUUUGACUUUAUGGAUUGGCGUUGUCAAUUGUCUGUUUUGUCUGUAGUGUCAAGCAUUUCGACUAUCCAGAUCAAGACAGACUCUGUUCGAUUAGGAUAUUGUUAGUGUCUGUUUAGACUACUAUUAUCGAUACUUUAUAACUU